UUCUUCAACUUCUAUGAAUACCCCAAUCUCCCCUUCUUCCUAUCCUCCAAAAACACAUAACAAAACAAAACAAAAAACAAAGCAUUUCAUCUCUCAAAUUCUGGUUCCCGUUAAAAAGUAGCCUCUUCAAUUUUGGUUGAAUCCCCUUAGCAAUCAAACAAAUAUGGCUUCCAUUAGGAGUGUUGCCGUUGUCACUUUUCUACUUGGCGUGUCCGUUAUUGUAUCAGAAAGCCGCGUGGCUAGAAAAGACUUGGGCCUCGACCUUGGGGGAGUGGGCCUUGGUGUUGGAACGGGAAUGGGCUUGGGCUUAGGUGGAAGUGGGUCCGGGUCCGGUUCUGGGUCUGGGUCUGGGUCCAGUUCUGCUUCCUUAUCACACUCCUCAUACGCUGGCUCUUAUGUCGGAUCUGGUUCAGGCAGAAACAGGAACGGGGGGUCCGGUUCCGGUUCAGGAAGGGGAAACGGUGGAGAAGGAUACGGCGAGGGUCAUGGUUAUGGCAAUGGCGGCGAAAACUAAAUCUUAAACUAUAAUUAGUGAUAAUAUAUGAAAUUAAUUAAGGAUUAUCAUCGUCUUUUACUUUUGCAAAUAGAUGAACAAAAGCUAUAGAUAAUGAAUCCUUAAUUGUAUUUUCCUGCUUUGUUCUUUUAGUCUAGCUUUUAUAUAUAUACAUAUAUGAAGUCCGAAUAAAAUGUUGUUCCUAUUAAGUGUUAAAUUAAA